AUGGCUGCCUCCCCCUCCCGCACAGCCACCCUGAUCGCCAACCUGGCCGCUGUCUCCGCGCGGGUCUCCGCCGCCUCAACGACAACAACACUGCCUCGUGCCUCCUCCCCCUCGCACCCGGUCCGUCUCGUCGCAGUAUCGAAGCUGAAACCCGCGUCGGACGUGCUCGCCCUGUAUACCGCUUCGCCGACACCACACCUCCAUUUCGGCGAGAACUACCUGCAGGAACUGCUGGAGAAGUCGCGUCUCCUCCCGCCAGGGAUCCGCUGGCACUUUAUCGGCGGCUUACAAUCGAACAAAUGCGUGACUCUUGCGCGCGACGUGCGUGGUCUCUGGGCCGUGGAAAGCGUGGAUACAGAGAAGAAGGCUUCCCUGUUGGAUAAAGGAUGGGGGGAACGAGAUAAUACUUUAGAAGGAGAGAACCGCCUUCGGAUCUUCGUCCAGGUGAAUACGUCCGGCGAGGAGUCUAAGGCGGGCGUCGACCCCGCCGCCGCGCCGCUUCUAUGUCGCUUCAUCCGUGAAAAAUGUCCCCGUCUCAAACUGCAGGGGUUGAUGACUAUCGGCGCGAUCGCGCGCUCGCGGGCCACCACGCCGGAAACAGAGAACGAGGAUUUCCUCUGUCUGCGGGAGACGCGAGACCGGGUCAUUGCUGAUCUCGCCCUCACGGGUGACGACGCUGUGCUCGAACUCAGCAUGGGCAUGAGCCAGGACUUUGAGGGCGCCAUCACCCUGGGCAGCGAUGAGGUGCGUGUCGGGACUACCAUUUUCGGAGACCGGCCGCCGAAGAGGCCUUAA